CAAGAAAGAAUUGCUUUCUCUACUUUAGGGUCUGACAGAGACAACAGUAAAAUGAAGUUUCUGAGAGACAUAAUAGAAUCCUAAACAAUUGAGUUUUCAUCACUGUUAGAUUAUUACCCUUUACCCCAAGAAACUCAUUUGAGGUAGUAGGGUGGGCAGUUCUAGCUAGCUUCUUCAAGGCUUUGGCUGCUCUGCUCUGCUAGCUGCAAUUACUAUUGAGUGGAAAUGAUGAGAGAAAUAAAGGGUGUAUUCUGGUCUGUGUUAUUUCUCUGUGUCCUUGCCUCUGCAGCUGCUCUGCUAUCCCCUAAAGGUGUAAACUUUGAAGUGCAAGCUUUAAUGGGCAUAAAGGCUUCUCUGAAAGAUCCUCAUGGGGUUCUUGAUAACUGGGAUGGGGAUGCUGUUGAUCCUUGUAGCUGGUCCAUGGUCACCUGCUCUCCAGAUGGUUUUGUUGUUGGGCUAGGAACUCCCAGUCAGAACCUAUCUGGGCUGCUGUCUCCAAGCAUUGGCAAUUUGACAAACCUGCAGAUCAUACUCUUACAGAACAACAACAUAACAGGACCAAUCCCGGUUGAGAUCGAACGCCUUUCUAGUCUGCAAACACUUGAUCUUUCGAAUAAUCUCUUCACUGGAAAGAUCCCUCCUACUUUGGGCAGGUUGAAGAGCCUCAAGUACAUGAGGUUCAACAACAAUAGUCUAACCGGAGAAAUUCCAGUGUCAUUGACCAACAUGACUCAGCUCUCUCUCGUGGACUUGUCAAACAAUAACUUGAGUGGACCUGUGCCAAGAUUUCCUUCAAGGACAUUCAACAUCGUUGGAAAUCCUCUGAUAUGCGCCACAGGCUCUGAACCAUACUGCAAUGGGAUGGCACUCCUACCUAUCUCAAUGCCAUUGAACACUUCUCAAACCACUCCACCUUCGGGGGAACAGAAAAAUCACAAGCUUGCCAUUGUAUUUGGUUCGAGCCUCGGGUGUACCUGUAUACUAAUCCUUGGAAUUGGGCUGUUUCUAUGGUCGAGGCGAAGGCAGGAGCAGCAAAUGUUGUAUGAUGGUAGGGGCCGAGAUCUCGAAGAAGUUUCCCUGGGGAACCUGAGAAGAUUUCAAUUCAAGGAACUUCAGAUUGCAACCAACAACUUCAGUGGCAAAAACAUUCUGGGGAAAGGCGGAUUUGGGAAUGUCUACAAAGGCCAUCUCUCAGAUGGAACUGCUGUGGCUGUCAAGAGGCUAAAAGACGGGAGUGCCAUUGGGGGCGAGAGGCAAUUCCAGACGGAAGUUGAGAUGAUUAGCUUAGCUGUGCACCGCAAUCUUCUUAGGCUAUACGGGUUCUGCAUGACAGCAACAGAAAAGCUUUUGGUUUAUCCCUACAUGUCAAAUGGAAGUGUUGCUUCUCGUCUCAAAGUGAAACCGGUGUUGGACUGGGGCACGAGGAAGCGGAUUUCCAUAGGGGCAGCACGAGGACUGCUGUAUCUCCACGAGCAGUGUGACCCGAAGAUAAUUCACCGAGAUGUGAAGGCUGCAAAUAUACUGCUUGAUGAGUCUUGUGAGGCAGUCGUGGGCGAUUUUGGCCUGGCAAAACUUUUGGAUCAUCAGGAUUCUCAUGUCACAACAGCUGUACGAGGGACUGUCGGGCAUAUUGCCCCCGAAUAUCUAUCAACAGGCCAAUCCUCCGAGAAAACAGAUGUUUUUGGAUUCGGGAUCCUGCUCCUUGAACUGAUCACAGGCAUGAGAGCUAUAGAAUUUGGCAAAGCUGCAAACCAGAAAGGAGCAAUGCUUGACUGGGUUAAGAAGAUUCACCAAGAGAAGAAACUCGAUGCACUUGUUGACAAGGAUUUGAAAGACAAGUAUGAUCAAAUCGAGCUCGAGGAAAUGGUUCAAGUUGCUUUGCUAUGCACACAAUACCUUCCAGGCCACAGGCCGAAGAUGUCUGAAGUUGUUCGAAUGCUGGAAGGCGACGGGCUUGCAGAGAGGUGGGAAGCGUCCCAGAAAACCGAACAGCCUAACCACAAGUACGGAGCACAUGCGCUCUCGUCUUCAGAACGAUUUUCAGAUCUCACCGAUGACUCUUCAGUGCUUGCACAAGCCAUAGAGCUGUCUGGUCCAAGGUGAGCUGAAAUGUGAGUUUAGUACAUAGCACAGAAUUGGGUUUGUACAAGGCAAAGUAUAUAUGGCCCAAGGUUUCUGCCUAGAUUUUGUGGUGUAUAGCAGUGGAACAUCAAGGGUUCAAAGAGCUUUUGGUGUAGUUUCUUGAUGGUGAGAACUCUCUGGUCUCAACAUGAAUGGGGGGAGUUUUAGUAGAGGGCAGUCUUUGAAACCCAUUGUAAAACUUUGCAAGAGAGCACAAAGGGAAAAGGCCAUUUUGUUUUCACUUUUCAAUGAGAUGAUAACAAAGUUAAGAUGUGCCAAAGUGUUCAAGGCUAGCUAAUGUAUAUGUAUGAAGAGUUGGUAGAUUAGAUUUAUGUAUAUAUGUAUGUGGCUGGAUGGGUUCAAUUCUUUCGGUCUCGAGUUACUUUUUAGAUUGAUAAAUUUGUUAGAUUGAUAAACUUAA